AUGAACAGAAACCGUCAGCUUCUUUUGUUAGUUGGGCUUGUGUUCCAUUUUUUCUACCUUUGGUCCAUUUUCGACAUCUACUUCGUCCUGCCCUUAGUACAUGGAAUGGACCACCAUGUUUCCACGACUACAGCACCAGCCAAACGUCUCUUUCUAAUAGUGGGAGAUGGACUUCGUGCUGACAAGACAUUCCAAAAAUUGAAGCAUCCAAGAACUGGCGAAACAAAAUACUUGGCUCCGUACUUGAGAAGCAUCGCUCAGAAUGAAGGCACCUGGGGCAUUUCGAACACGAGAAUGCCGACUGAGUCUAGACCUGGCCACGUAGCCAUGAUCGCUGGUUUUUACGAAGAUGUCUCUGCUGUUACCAAGGGAUGGAAGGAAAAUCCAGUAGAUUUCGACUCAUUUUUUAACCAAUCGAAACACACCUAUUCCUUUGGAUCGCCCGAUAUCUUACCCAUGUUCGCUUAUGGUGAAGGAGUAGUUCCCGGAAGAAUCGACGUUUGUAUGUAUGGCCACGAGUUCGAAGAUUAUACCCAGAGCUCGAUCGAGUUGGACGCAUUUGUGUUCAAACACUUUGACGAGCUAAUGGCCAAUUCUGAGACCAACCAGACACUACACGACGAGUUGCACGAGGAAGGAAAUGUCUUCUUCUUGCAUUUGUUGGGUCCAGACACAGCCGGUCAUGCCUACCGUCCGUAUUCGGCCGAAUAUUACGAGAAUAUCGAGUAUAUCGACAUGCAGUUGUCCAAGUUGAUUCCUAGAAUCCAUGAAUUCUUUGGUGAUGAUGAUUCUGCCUUUGUUUUCACAGCUGACCACGGCAUGUCCGAUUUUGGAUCGCACGGUGAUGGCCAUCCUGACAACACCAGGACACCGUUGAUUGCAUGGGGUGCCGGUGUUAACAAGCCUAAACAUAUAAAGGACUUACCUGAUCCGCAAGCCCAAAGAGCAAAACAAGAUCCAGUCCGCAGCGGAUACGAAGAUACAUAUUUUGAAACGUGGGAACUUGACCAUUUGGUUAGAAAUGACGUCAAGCAGGCUGAUAUCGCUUCGUUAAUGGCUUAUUUGAUUGGUGCAAACUAUCCUGCCAAUUCUGUAGGUGAGUUGCCUCUUGCGUACCUCGACACCGAUGCUGUGACGAAGAUCAAAGCUCUCUUCGCUAACGCUUUAGCUAUUAUUGAGCAAUACUAUGUCAAAGAAAAGGAAGUGUACAACCACCAAUUCAAGUUCAAGCCUUUCCGGCCCUUCGACGAAAAGUCAAUCGAUGAAUACAGCGGUCAAAUUAACUCAUUUAUUUAUUCCUUACAAAAUGAACAACUCAGCCAAUCUCAAAAGGAAUUAUUGGAAAAAGAGGCUGUCAUGGUUGUGGAAGAAUUGAUGAAGACAGCUUUGGAUGGAUUGAAUUAUUUGCAAACUUACAACUGGUUAUUGUUGAGAUCCAUCGUCACAUUGGGCUUCAUUGGAUGGAUCGUUUAUGCUUUUGGUCUUUUCUUAAAGUUGUUCAUUAUAUCAGAAGAGGAUUUACAAACUUUGAAACCAGGUAAUCUGAUAUUCUUGUUGCUGUCUUUCUCUGCAUUAGCAUUGUCCACCAACUACUUGCUUUUCUAUCAAAACUCGCCUUUCAAUUACUACAUGUAUGCUGCAUUUCCAUUAUACUUUUGGUACACCAUCUUCAAUGAGCUCACCUAUCUUGGAGAAGGUUUGAAUCAGUUGUUGUACGGUAUCUCCAUUCCAACUAGAGUUUUCAUCGCAGUUUCCUUCAUUGGAAUGUAUGAAGGUAUAGCUUACGGCUUUUUUGAAAGAUUUGUGUUUUCGAUCAUCUUCGUCCUUAUAGGAUUGUACCCAUUGUUCGUCUCAGGAAAUGAAAAAGUAUCUACUUACCAAAAGCUUGUAUGGUUAGCAAGUUGCCUGUUAAUGUGUAUUUUCACUAACUUGAACCCGGUGAAAGUUGAAAGCUUACUCCAAAUUAAUGCUGGUGCCUUGUUUUCGUUGAUAAUUGCUCUGAUUGGUAUCAGCAAAGUCUUUAAGAGACCUAUAGAGUCUGUACAGAAAAGGUUGGUCAUACAUCAAUUGCUCAUAAUUCCUCUUAUCUUGUACGCUACGAAUGUUUCUGUACUUUCAUUGCAAGCUAGGAAUGGUCUUCCUUUAUAUUCACAAGUUCUUGGUUGGUUGUCUUUUGUUGCAUCCUUAUUGUUACCAGUAUUCCAUUCGGUCUAUCCUUCAAAGGACUACGCCUUGAGAUUAUUGAUUAUUUUCCUUACUUUUGUUCCUGCCUUUAUUAUCUUGACCAUUUCAUUUGAAUUGUUGUUCUACAAUGGAUUCUCCUUGAUAUUGCUUCAAUGGCUCAAUAUCGAAGAGAAUUUAAAAUUCCCAAGAGCAGAAAUUAUCAAAUCACAAGAAGAAACUGGAAGGUUACCGAAAGGGUAUUGGUUGCAGUUGAUUAGAAUAUCUAUCAUCGGCUUCUUUUUCCUUCAGUUAGCAUUCUUUGGCACUGGUAACAUUGCAUCGAUUUCUUCUUUCUCAUUGGACUCAGUUUACAGGCUUAUUCCUAUAUUCGAUCCUUUCCCAAUGGGGGCGUUGUUGAUGUUUAAAUUGAUUGUUCCAUACGUGCUACUUUCCACUUGUCUUGGUAUCAUGAACCACAACUUGGAAAUCAGACAGUUCACAAUUUCCACAUUAAUUAUUUCUACAAGUGAUUUCUUAUCGUUGAACUUCUUUUUCUUAGUGAGAACGGAAGGUUCUUGGUUAGACAUUGGACUCAGUAUCUCCAACUAUUGCUUAGCUAUCCUAUCUUCGCUUUUCAUGUUGAUUUUGGAAUUGGUCGGUUCCAUAAUUUUGCGCGGAGUCGAAUACAAUGACAAAGGAAUUAACGAAGAGGAAAUUGAAGAUGAAGAUGAAGAUGUCGAGGAUGAAGAAGAAGAUGAUGAUCACAACGGUGAAAUAGACCCCAGAAACAUUAUACCAGCCCAAUCGGAGACCGAGGAAUUGCCGAUCAGCGCAAGAAUAAGACGGAGAGGCGCCAAGCGCGAUUGAAAAGGAGGACAAAAACACUAGAUUUAUUGUAUAGUAUAUAUAUACAAAGGUAUACUACCAAAAAGUUUAGAAAUUAGACACCGGGAAAUUAUAAC